CAGGUUUUUGGCGCACGCGGCAGGCAUCUUUUUAAAAGAGGCGUUAGUUGGAGCAGGGUGGCUUUCUAUACUCGCUAUGAAGAAAGCGGCUGUUGUUCCGAGUGGCACCGACCAAGGAGGCCGUGUUAACGACCCCGUCACACACUACGUGCUGUUUCAGCCAGAAAUCGGGACAGAAGACACCAGCCACACUGAACUUUCACGCGAUGACGCUGUGUACGUCGUGGCCGAUUCAUCUGAGUCUUCAGGGACUAUGACCACGGAAGAAUGGCUGUCGGCAUCUGGCAGCCUUUCCGAAUGUAAUACGGCGGAGCAAACUGCGGGGAAAGCGAAAACGAAGAAAAAGCAUUCGUUCGUUUGGGAACACUUCGACGGCCACACAUUGGACAAAUGCAGCCAAGUGUGCAAGCACUGCAAUAUGAGUGUGCGUCUCGGUAAAGAAGGCGGCUGCAGCAAACUAGGCACCACGGCAAUGCGUCGUCACCUUGAAAACCACCACGCGCACCUCUUGACCGGCCUUCCCUCUCGAGUGGACGUUGUGCGCGCCAGAAAAUCACGAGCAGGGGAUAGUGCGAGUGAUGAUGCUGUAACCAGUGGUGGUAAGGUGAAAAGCUUGGAUGGUAGAAGGAAGCGGCAGCCUUCGUCAUCAGUUUGGCAGCACUUCGAUUACUAUGGUAGCGACAGAUUUCUGGUGGUGUGUAGAAUCUGUAGAAUGCAAGUGCGUCUGGGAAAGGAUGGUGGGUGCAACAGGGUGGGGACAACUGCAAUGCAUAGGCAUGUCACUAUUCACCACAAAUUCUUACUUCAGAAAAACCCCACCCUCAAAACGAGAGAAGGUCAUGGCAGGAGAAGCCAAGAUGUGUCCUGUAAUAUGACCAAACGGUCACAAGUGUCACCAGCAGUUGCUGCUGUACAUAAAAAAGUACUCGAAACCAAGAGCGAGUCCUGUGGACUGCGUCACGCUGAUUCAAUGGCUCUAAACCAUCGCUUGGCAGUGUUCAUGGCUAAUGGUAUCCAACCGUUCUCACUUGCAGAAGAACCAGCUUUUCUCGAGUUCAUGCGCUGCUGUGCACCUCAGUGGAAGGUUCCCAACAAAGCCUAUUUUGCAAACUCUGGUGUUCCUGCGCUUGCAACCAUGAUUAAAGAAGCAGUGAGAAAGGACCUGAAAACUUGUGUUGGAGGUACCGUGCACCUUGGUACUGAAACAUGGCAGGGCCCCCACAUGUGUGACCUAGUGUCUGUGACAGCAUUCUGGGUGAAGUCUCAAGAGCCUGCACAAAAUCUUGUAAGGUGCAGGGCUGUCCUGGAUGUUGUUAAUCUUGGAGAGUCAUGUACUCUUGAAAAUGUCAGUCAAGCGCUGGAGACAGUUAUUAAAGACUGGCUGCUGCCUGCAGAGCUUAAGGUUGGGUGUAUAGUUACUGAACGUCUUCCCAGUGAAGCACCACCUUUUCUGGAAAUGCAGCUAAAGCACAUCACUUGCAUGGCCCACUGUCUCGAUUUUGAAGUAGAAAACCUGCUCUUCACAUUUCAUAGUAAGCUAGCAGACUCAUUUGACAUGGCUCGCACCAUUUGCAGCCAGUUGUGCCACAACGAUACAGCUAGAGCCAAAUUGAAGGCAAUUCAGUCGCAUCACAACCUCAAGCAGAGGCCACUGGUGCCAGAUUCUCCCACAAAUUGGAAAAGUACACUGCGCAUGUUAAAGCACUUCUGUGAGCAGAAGCUGGCAGUAAAUGAGUAUCUGAGAGGGUCAGGUGGAAUUUCUGUCAGCCCAGAGCAGUGGUUAGUGCUCAGGGAUGCAGCUAGCGUGCUACAGCCUGUGGAAGAAGUUGUUCGCCUCCUGAGCAUGGAUACAGCCGUGAUGGGACAGGUCCUCCCGCUGCUCUGCUUUGCUGAGAAGAUGCUGCAGAGCACGUUGGAGAGAUCUGAAAGAGGCAGUCCUGCACACUGGCUUUCAGCCCACCUUCUUUCGAAGCUUAGCUCAAGUAGCCACAUAACUGCUGUAAAAGCAGACCUUGCAUAUUGGACUGCAAGCUUCUUGGACCCUCGCUUCAGGGACACAUUCUGCAGUUACAUUAGUAGUGAUGAAGCAGUGGCAGAGCAAAAGCUAAAUGAGGUGAAGAAGCACCUUCUUGUGAAAAUACGUGAGACUUACACACACUCCACAAAGUUGUUAUAUGCAGCUAAUAGUGGCAAAUUACCACAGCAAAAUGAAACUGCCCCAUCACUUGAUGAGGACUUUUCACUAUGGCUUAUGAAUGCCGAACAGAUGGGGCUUACAAGGUCCAAGGUUGAAGUUUCUUCAGAUGGCACAAACACAGAGGGAGCAGCAACUGCUGCGUUUGAGCUUGAGGCUUAUGUGCAAGACAGCAUUGCUGAUUUCUCCACACCCAUGAGCGACCCAGCACUGUAUUGGCAAACAAAGCGGAUGAUUUGGCCGUCUUUGUACACUGUAGCAGUCACAUACCUGGCAUGUCCUCCAACCAAUACGUACUCGGAAAAAAUGUUUGAAAAAUAUGGUGCCGUUGCUUCAGACGGUAGACAGAGUAUCUGUGCUGAUACUCUGAGUAUCUUGAGUUUCGUACGCAUGAAUCAUGAGUGGGUGCCAAAGGACAUAUCAGCAGCACCAGCUGAUGUGAUCAACUCACUGCGAAAAGCUGUGGACAAAGGCAACACUGAACAAGAUAACACUCACUUUGUAGAUGCAGAAAGUGAAGUGUUGCUAAAGAGAGUUGUUUUUCAAGACUGAAGUUAUAUUUCGCCUACACUGCAAGCGUGUGAAGUGUUAACCAUUUGGCCAAGAUCAUAGCAGCACCCCGCUCUACCUUUGCUUUCUCGUGGCACCUUCUCCAUUCUCCAGCUUACAUCCUCUUUUAGUAAAUGUGCUGAUUCUUUUGAAGAGAGCUACUGUGAAAUAUCUGAUUAAAACUAAGAAACAUACUG